AUGGAUUUCGCUGCGUUAAUGUCCAAGGAAAUCGCCAAGGCGAAAGGACCCGCCGCUCCCAGCUCAGGAUCAGAACAAAACAGCUCGUCAAAGUCCUCGGAAAAGAAAUACAUUCGGCGCGCAGACCAAGAAGCUGCCCGAGUAGCUGCCUAUAACGAGGAACAGGAGCGCCUGGAGAAGGAGCGCGAGGAGCGCACGACCCAGAAGCGGAAGCUGGAAGAGGAAGAAGCGGACCGACGACGCGAACGAGAAGACAAAAAGAGGCGACUAGCAGAAGAAUCGCGCAAGAAAAGGGAAGCUGAAGAAGCUGAGAAGGAACGAGCGCGGAGGGAACGACUUGGACUGCCGGAAUUGCCCUCCCCAUGCGAGAAGGACGAGAGCGAUGAGAUAGAGGGAGGAGAAGACGGCAUCAGUGAUGAGGAUCUUACUCGCAAGUUGAGAGAACUGGAUGAGCCAACUAGGCUUUUUGGAGAGACGCACCGUGGUCGCCUACGAAGAUAUCGGAAAUUAACAGAGCGCUCUCUCGAAGCGCAGAAGAUGUCCGACGGGCCCAUCCCAACAACCCUAGAGCUGGUUGCUGAAGUAGAUAUGAAGAUUCCCGACAAGGCUCCUAGAGAUGCAGAGGGACGCAAGUUCUUGUUCCGUCAGCUGGCUUCCUAUUUCAACAUGGUACUCUCCGAGUGGGAGCUUGCACUAGCGAAGCGAGACGUGACGGUAAAACAAAGCCUUCAGGGACGACAAGCCUACAACGCGAUGGUUCAGUCAAGAGAAAAUAUCACGCCACUCUUUCGCAAGUUCGAAAAGGCCGAUAUCGACGACAGUGUGCUUGAGCACAUCGUCGAGAUCAUCCACAAAGCCCAACAGCGGAGAUACGUCGACGCUAAUGAUGCGUAUCUUCGCCUAAGUAUUGGAAAAGCAGCAUGGCCUAUCGGUGUGACUAUGGUUGGUAUUCACGAACGUUCGGCCCGAGAGAAGCUACACCAGGGCGACCGGCAAGCCCAUAUUCUGAGCGACGAAAUAACGCGCAAAUACCUCCAGAGUAUCAAGAGAUGCCUUAGUUUUGCUCAGACCCGAUGGCCCCCAGAUGAUCAGCUUCAGAUUAUGGGUUAA